CAGUAUUCUUGAGCAUGACUAAUAUCGCUCAAGCGACCAAGCCUCCCAGCUCAAUGCCCAAUACAUGGAGAGUCGUACCAUGUAGGGAAAAGAUGCUCGCCAGACCCUGUGUGACCAGCGCCUCCUUACCAUCACCUGCCAUGUCUUCGGUAUUCGGCUCUAUCCCGAAAGCAUGUGCUGGCUGCCAAGCUCCCUCUGGUGCAACCUUCAAUUCAGACUCAAGAACUUAUGUUAUUAUAUUUCUGGGCUUCUUUGAACGUCGUUGCCCCUGAUGCCGACACUGUCCACCCUUACUGCUCCAUUUCCACUUAUUUCACACCAUGGACGCCCUCGGCAUCACCACCUCCCCAUCACCCUAUAACCUCUUCGGCAUCCCUGAUCUAUCGGAGACGAUACUCGUACUUAGCACGUUCCCAAUCCAACCGAAAAAGAUCUUCAUCGCAUCCGAGGUGGCAGCACACAACACGUCUGAGUCGCUGUACUUGAGCAUUCACGCUAAAGUGUACGACUUAACGGACUUCCAACACAGCCAUCCUGGUGGGCGGCAGAGUGCUUUUUCCCCUUCCCAGAUAAGCAGUAUAUAGAGAUGACGGAUCACCGUAAGUAAUCCUUAUUAUUAAUCCAUGAUACAGUUUACUGCAUCCAGUUUCCUCGUGGAAGAUUACUU